AUGGCUUUCUCUCGCUCAGUCACUUCGCUUUUCCGCACAUCCCGGCACAUUGUGUCGCCUUCUCGAGGCCUCAAUCCGGUCAACAGAGUCUUUGGCCAUGAUAGAUUCGGUGCAAGAACAUAUGCUGCUGUCUUUGAGCGGACGAAGCCUCAUGUCAACGUCGGUACCAUUGGUCACGUCGACCAUGGCAAAACCACCCUCACAGCAGCCAUCACGAAACGACAAGCAGAAAAAGGAAUGGCGCAAUUCCUCGACUACGGCAAGAUUGACAAGGCCCCCGAAGAGCGGAAACGUGGUAUCACAAUUGCAACCGCGCAUAUCGAGUACGAAACGGAUAACCGCCACUACUCCCACGUCGACUGUCCCGGCCACGCCGAUUACAUCAAGAACAUGAUUACUGGCGCUGCCCUGAUGGACGGUGCCGUUGUCGUGGUUGCUGCAGGUGAUGGACAGAUGCCCCAGACAAGAGAACACUUACUGCUUGCCCGUCAGGUCGGCGUUCAGAAGCUGGUUGUCUUCGUCAACAAAGUUGAUACUGUGGAAGACCCAGAAAUGUUGGAACUCGUCGAGAUGGAAAUGCGCGAACUCCUGGGAUCAUACGACUUUGACGGAGACAACACCCCUAUCAUCUUCGGCUCAGCACUUUGCGCGCUUGAAGGCAAGAGACCCGAAAUUGGCACAGAGAAGAUCGAUGAGCUCCUAAAGGCCGUCGACGAAUGGAUCCCGACCCCUGCCCGAGACACCGAGAAGCCUUUUCUCAUGUCUGUCGAAGAAGUCUUUUCCAUCGCUGGCCGUGGCACAGUUGCUUCCGGACGUGUCGUGCGAGGUAUCUUGAAGAAGGACAGUGAUGUGGAGAUUGUUGGAGGCCGUGAAGAGGUCAUCAAGACCAAGGUCACUGAUAUUGAGACCUUCAAAAAGUCUUGUGACGAGUCAAGAGCCGGUGAUAACUCUGGACUGCUACUGCGAGGCGUCAAGCGCGAGGACAUCCGACGUGGCAUGGUUAUUGCCGUUCCCAACAGCGUCAAAGCCCAUCAGGAGGCUCUCGUGUCACUCUAUAUCUUGACCGAGGAAGAGGGAGGCAGAAAAUCUGGGUUUACCGAGAACUACAAGCCGCAGGUCUACAUCCGAACAGCAGAUGAAGCUGCCCAGCUGAAGUUCCCCGAAGGCACCGAGGAUACUAGCAGAAUGGUCAUGCCUGGAGACAACCUCGAGAUGGUCCUGAAAACACAUCACCCGGUAGUCAUGGAAGCUGGUGAACGGUUCAACAUGAGAGAAGGCGGACGAACCGUGGCAACCGGUCUCAUCACCAGGAUCCUGAAAUAA